UCAAAUUUGAGAUGUAAACAUUAAUAAAUUGAUAUUUAUGAACAAUGUAAAUUAAUAUGACUUUUUUGAUAAUAAUGAUCAUAUUGUUAUCAACCUUGCUUUAAAUAGAUAGCAAUAAAGUAGUUUUUAAAGUUUGGUUUAUUGCAUUUAAAAUUGUAAAAUGGGUCCCAAGUGUAUGUCGAGAUUAAAUACAUUCAACUUUUUCAAGAGUCAUUAUUUGAAUAGAGUUUGGUUAAGGAAUGCCGGCUGCAUAAGCCCUAAUCGUCAAAAUUUCAAUGAGAAACCCUUUAGUAGAUAUGAAAUUAAAAAAUACUGUUUACUUGAUGUUAAUAUACUAAAGAAUAAUUUUUACAACAAAUCCUUUUCAUUCCAAACUGCUGUGAUACGACACCAAAGUACCAGUAGCAAUUCGACUGAUGAACCAAAACCAUCAAAUGCAACCAAAUUAAAAAAGGCUCUAGCCGAGUAUGGCACAACAGUAAUAGUUUUUCACGUUACAAUUUCAAUUGUGUCCCUUGGUUUAAUGUAUUUACUAGUGUCAAGUGGUGUUGAUGUUGUAAAACUUCUAUCUGCCCUUGGAAUAAGCCAGGAUGGAAAACUGGCCGAAAUUGCUAGCAAUGCUGGUACAUUUGUCAUUGCAUAUGCUGUGCACAAAGUUUUUGCACCUGCACGAAUAACUAUCACGCUUGCAGCAACUCCUUUUAUUGUUAGACAUUUAAGAAGAAUUGGUAUUUUGAAAACAAGCAAGGUGAACACUAAAGUCGAAAAAUAAAUGAGACACUUGCAUAAAUAUUA